AUGGAGAGCUUCACAGAUGCCUCGGAAGCAGGCACUACACCCCCCAUUUUUCAGAUUGACCUUGCUUUACCUCCAGCAGAGCGAUAUGUGGCCCUGGCAACAAUCUAUCGGGAGAGAAUGCGUGCCUUGCGUGGGAUGUUCGACGAGCUGGUGACAAGCGUUUCUCCCAAAAUCCCAGUCAAGGGCAUCCAUUGGCUGGCGCGAAUGUCUUUGCGGAGACUCUAUACCGAUGAAGAAACCGCCGAGCUGCAAGGAAUCAGCCGUACAACGGACAUCGAUCUCUACCUCCUCAUUUGCCUGAAUACAGUCCUUGAUCUCUUAAUGGGCUGCACCAGUGGUGGCGUUCGAACCAUAAACGGAUCUGAGAAUCCCAAAAUGCUUCACUUCCGAACGCUCGACUGGGGUAUGGACCCGCUUCGGAAUUUGAUUGUCCAGUUGGAAUUUGUACACGGUGAUAACCCGAGAAAAGUGCUCGCGACAAGCAUCACAUACGUUGGUUUUGUCGGUGUCCUCACCGGCGUGAGGCAAGGCCUCAGCGCCUCUCUUAAUUUUCGACCAGUUCACGAUACUUCGCGAAACUGGGCCUUUUAUUUCAACCAUCUUCUUGUUCUUUUGGGACAGAGGCAAUCCAUCUCGUCGUUGCUUCGAGAAUGUAUCCUCUCCCGUCCAUCCGAGCCCAAGUAUAAGCGACCAGUAUCUACACUAGACGAGAUCAUUGCCAAUGUGCCAAGUAUGCCGACCACAGCCGCCUAUCUCAUCUUCAGUGACGGAGAACGGACAGCGGUCAUGGAGAAAGACCACCGAACGGCAGUAGUCCGCUCUUCCACCUCAUUUAUAGUUGUCACAAACAAUGAUCAGCACCCAGAUUCAACUUCGCCCAAAACCAUCGCGGCAGACAAGAGAAAGAAUCACGCCGGCCUCUCAAUAGUCGCUUCGAAUGUGCAAGCGAUGGCAGAUUUGAUUGAAGACAGCAACGAGCGACGGGAGUGUCUGCAGGAAAAAUGGACUAAGAGGGUACAAGAGGCUGCACGAGCCAAAGAACUCAAUGGCCAAUUGCAGAAAAAGAACAUAGUAGAAUCAAAGCCGGCUACUCGGUCACCAUCCACCCGAUCAUCGGUACGCCUUCGGAAGAAGCGAGAGGAAGCAGAAGCGGGGGUUGAAACGCAUCGAACAUCGGAACGUAAUGAUUCCAAUUUCGAUUCCGAGGUGGCUAUUAAACCAAAAGAAGCCAUUUCAUGGCUCACCACAUACCCAAUAGUGAACGAAGAAACCCACUACGCGACUGUUAUGGAUCCGCUAAGGGGAAAGAUUAAGUGGGCCCGAAUGUACUUCCCCGACGACUGGGUCGAAGUCGAGGAACUGGAGACCAGGGCUUGA